AUGAGUUCUCCCCCGAUCGCUGGCGGUGACCGACGGGACGGUUCGCCAUCAGUAGGCCCAGGCGGUACAUGGCACCCUGCGAGAGCGUGGCUCGAGGAAGAUGAAACAGGGGAUGAUGAGGAUGAUAUGGAUUAUGAACCUGAUUCCGACAACCAUGAUGAUAGAGCCGACGAAGAAGAGUACCCCGACGAGGAUCCUAACGUCGAUCAAUCCGAUUCCGAGUUGCAUUUAGGCAACAUUCAUAUCGAAUUCACCAUGGAUGAACAUGAUCAGACUGGGGAAGUCUCGCCUGCUCGCUUACUAAAUAUACUCGCAUCUGGUGGCCUGCAACAAAUUUUCCGGUAUCAUGGUUUCGCCACGGGCAAUGCUGGCUUCGACGGUGAUGACGAUGGCGAAGAAGACGAAUAUGGGAUACUGGGGCUAGGCAGGAGAGUUCCAAGACGGCGAGGCCCUCCUCAAUAUCCCAAGAUACCGAGUGACGAAGGUAUCAAGCUGAUGAGAUCCGGGAAAUUCGGUACGGAACCCAGCUACGUUGAUGAGCGUAUGAAACGCAAAAAAUCACUGGCGGAGAAGGUGAUGUGGCGAGAAUUGGGAGUGGAUGGACAGGGACUGCAAAGGACCAGGGUCUCGUCGAUAGCACAAGGGCUUAUUCCUGGAACUACCGCGGAUAAAAUCAUCCAUUACGACGCAAAAUGUUACUCCGGUCAGUUCUCUGAUGAUGGUAAUUUUUUCUUCUCCUGCGCCCAAGAUUUUAAAGUCAGGAUGUAUGACACAUCCAAUCCCUACGAAUGGAAAUAUUAUAAGACGGUGGACUAUCCUCUUGCUUCGUGGACAAUCACAGAUGCCACUCUUAGUCCCGACAACCGAUUCUUAGCAUAUAGCUCUCUUCGCCAGCUCGUCUGCCUCGCACCGACAGACCCGGCAGACUCGUCCGACCCAAUAAUAUUGGACCUUGCUUCGUCAGCCCAACGAAGAGUCGCACGAGAUAUAUUUGGGAGGGAUGGGUUUGCCGUCUGGUCCGUGCGAUUUUCGGGAGAUGGCCGCGAGAUUGUCGCUGGCACUGGUGACCACUCGGUGAUUGUUUAUGACCUUGAGACACGUCAAUCUGUUCUUCGCAUACGGAAUCAUGAGGAUGAUGUGAAUGCGGUUUGCUUUGGGGACAAGUCUUCACCUCACAUUCUCUAUUCUGGGUCCGACGAUAGCACUGUUCGUGUCUGGGAUAGGAGAUCUAUGGCCGAUGGACGAGAAGCUGGGGUAUUUGUAGGGCAUACUGAAGGCUUGACCUACGUGGACAGCAAGGGUGACGGUAGAUAUGUUCUGUCGAACAGCAAGGAUCAGACUAUGAAACUCUGGGACUUGCGAAAGAUGAUGUCCACAGCCAAAUUCGACACACUUGAACCUACCAGUUACGGGACGGGAUUUGAUUACCGGUUUGACCCUUUCCCGUCUGACUUCUAUUACCCGCACCCGCACGACUGCUCUGUCGUCACAUUCCGAGGCCACAGUGUUCUUCGAACCCUGAUCAGAUGUCACUUCUCACCUCCAGGGAGCUCUGACUCUCGAUACGUGUAUAGUGGCAGCGAGGACGGGAAGGUAUACGUGUGGAAUCUAGACGCUACCUUGGCGGGAACAGUUGAUGUUCAGAAAGCGACACACUUUUCCCGUCCUCGCAGUCGUCGUUUUCAAGGUCAUAUGUACAUGAGUAGAGCUGACGGAAAUCAAUGGAAGACAUGCGUGCGCGAUGCCAGCUGGCAUCCCAAUGCUCCAGUUCUGGCCGCAACAUCUUGGAAUGGUUGGGGCAGCUCGACGGGCACUUGCACGAUACACUCUUGGAACAAUGGCGCUGAUCAGGAUGAGUGCGGCCCGAAGUUUUCGUACGGGGAUAGUUACGACGCUCAACUAAACGCCACUAAUCUGAGCGAGAAAGCACUGGAUAUGCGCGCUUGGGAGUAUGAGCAUGCACUCAACGAGGCGUCCCUGUGA